UAGAAAUAGUCUUGUCUUUGUCUUUUGGCAGUUUGGCCUGUCUGACACUUGGUUUAUUCCUGUUUAAGCUUUUGCACUCUUUUUUCUUGGAUUAGUUUUUAUUUGAACUUUGCAUUUUCCCUGGAUUCUCCAGCUGUCUCGUUUGCUCGCCACCUUUUGAAACAAAGCAGAGUUGCAGAAAGAGGAAAGUUUACCAUCUUCACGUGUAACUGAAGUGGAACUCUAGUGCCCUCUACUGGUGAAAAGCGGCACAGGAAGUGCUUCUCUAAGAAGAGGUCGCUUGACAUGAGGGGGGGACACUGCCGAAAAGUCACGUAAGGACGGAAGAAAAACAUUUCCACGCGGUUGUUGUUCGACGCGAAGCUUGUGUAAAGGAUUCUAAGCACCCAGCUGGAAUGGGAACAGCCCUUACCGUGUUUUAUUUUGAAGUAAGACUGACGGACAAAAAAGUUGCAUUUUAUGUUCAAAGUAACGUUGAUGGCUGUAUGUAAAUAAACGCUUUAAGAAGCAUGAGGGGUCCGUUUCACAAAGCAGGCUUAGUGAAAACUCUGAGUCUGUUAACCCUGAAAUGAGGGAAACUCGGACUUUUCUGUUUCAAAAAAGGAGGUAACUCAAACCAGACAAAGAGGGGUAACUCUAGCCUGUUUCAAAGAAAGCGGUAACUGAAGCUCUCGGUCAGUUACCAUAGUAACGGGACUCUAUAAACCUGACCUGGUCGGGACCAGGUUUAUCUCAACUCCCUUUUCGAUAGAACUGGUUCCAGUUCAAUUUCAGAGCCAGUGCCAGACUUGGCACCGGCUUUUUUUGUUUCCAUCAACGUUGCGGAAGGCUACGCAUGCAGUGACGUACUGACGUUUUACGGUGACGCAAUGACGCGGCUCCAACUUGCCUCCUUGCCAAUGGAAAAACAAACCGGUUUUUAGGAGGUACGAGAUUUGAACCAAAAAAGCACCGACACUUAACUAGAACCAAACUAGCAGCUGGUUCUCUUUGGUCGAAUAGAAGUCUCAGUAAACCUUGAGUUUCUCUCUGUCUCCGCCCUCUUUCAGCCACCCGCUAUUUGAUUUCCUCAUUCGCUCAUUCAGCCAUCAGGCUAGUUUUGGCGAAGCCUAGUUCUGCCGUCUGUCAAAAUGUCAUGUCCUUUCAUUAACGAUCCAGUGGAUGAAGGAGCAGCGUUACUGCGCAGAGAAUUAAAUAUUCGUCGUGAGAUUAUCAGACCGCGCAUAGAUGUUCUCGCAUUCCCAGACAGUUAUCUUUUAGAGCGGUACCGUUUCACAUCACAGUCCAUAAUCUACAUACACAACCUAAUCCGUCCUUACAUUUGCAACAUGACCAACCGCAGUCAUGCUCUCACAUCCCAUCAGAUAUUGUGUGUUGCGCUGCGGUUCUUUGCAAAUGGAAGUUUUUUAUAUAAUGUCGGAGAUGCAGAGCGCUUCAGUAAGGCAACUGUAUGCAGAGCUGUCAGAAAAGUGUGUCUGGCCCUGAAACGACUUUUACCCAUCUUUGUGGUUUUCCCUGGACAUAAACCUGUCAGAGCCAUCAAGGAGAAGUUCUACAGGAUUGCAGGAUUUCCCGAUGUGAUUGGCUGCAUAGACGGCACACACAUCCCCAUCACAGCUCCCUCACAUAAUGAAGCUGAUUAUGUGAACAGGAAGUCCAUUCACAGCAUAAAUGUGCAGAUCAUAUGUGAUGCUGCAUACAUCAUUUCCAAUGUGGAGGCCAAGUGGCCUGGGUCUGUUCAUGACUCAAGGAUUUAUCAUGAGUCUAACCUGAGCAACAGACUGCAACGUGGAGAGUUUGAUGGCCUUCUGCUGGGUGACAGGGGUUACCCAUGCCAACCCAGGCUGAUCACCCCAUACCCUGACCCUGAACCAGGCCCCCAACAGAACUUCAACGAGGCUCAUUGCAGGACAAGAGCCCGGGUGGAGAUGACCAUAGGCCUGCUGAAAGCCCGUUUCCAGUGUCUACGUCACCUCAGGGUGACUCCUGAGAGGGCCUGUGAUAUUAUUGUGGCAUGUGUUGUUCUUCAUAAUAUUGCCACUAUUAGAGGAGAGCAACACCCUGCCGUACAAACUGAAGACCCAGAUGAUGACCUCAUCCACCUGCCAGCUAUCCAGGACGGCAGAGCAGUCAGAGACACCAUAUGUAAUAAUCACUUUAGAGUUUAAGUCACCAUCAUCACCACCACAGCAGUGAAAUAAACACAUGACAUACAUUUCAUUUGGUCUUCUUUAUUUCCUACAGAUAAAAGAGCUAGUUUAGUUCAUAUGCCAAUAGUUCACAUAAUUCACCUGUGACCUGCAUCCACCUCUAACUUGUGCUCCAGUAUUUCAAUUUCCAGAUCUGCCCUCCUAAUCUGGCGGUCCAAGUAUUGCAUUUCUUUAUCCGUUUUCUGGAUUUUCUUCAGCAAGUGCAUUUUGUAAAUCUGUUUUACUGAUAACUGGGAAUACAUAGAGGACAUUAAAUUAUACAGUUGCACAUGAAUUCCAUGGACUGAACCUCUGGUGUUUACUGAACAUCCACCUCACUGUGUCAAUCUGUGCAGUGGAAGUUGAGGAAGCAUCCUGCUGCUGUCCAGCCAUGCUCUGUUAAAAAGGAUGAGAAUGUGCAAUACUUCAGUGUAGGUUAAAUGUCACACUCUAUAUUCCACCAGAAUGUUACUACCAUUUGGCUAAAUCUUUGAAGUAUUGCCUACUUAUAGUUACAAGGUGUGCUUUGGUGUGAAGGGGCUCCACCA